AUGGCGGCUGCUCACCUGGUGGUGCUGCUGGGGUUGCUGCACAUGCGGCUCCUGCAGAGGUGGUUAGCCAGCAUACGCUUCAGUGCCAAGAAGCACAAGCGACUCUUGGUUACAUUUCCCCCCUCGGUAGAGAAUGAUCUACGCUACUGGGGGUCCCCACAACACCUGUUACAGGGAACAUCGCUCGGACGAAUAAGCCUCGAGAGUGUCUGGCUUCGUGAAUGCUUCUUCCAAGCCUACAGAUGCAGAAUUGGAGCAGGCGAAAGCCGCCUAGAUGUUCUUGGUGUUGGAAGUGGUGGAGGGGAACUGGAUGUCCAGUUGCUCUCUCUACUGCAGUCUACAUUCCCUGCUGUCCCGAUCACAGCUGACAUUGUGGAGGGCAGCACUCAGCUCACAGAAUUCAAAGCUCUGGUAGCAAAGACCACCAACCUUCAGAAGAUCCCAUUUACUUGGCAUUUCAUGAGAAGUGAGAGCUAUGAGAGGGAAGUCAAAGCAAACAGAGGCAUGAAGACAUUCGACCUCAUACACAUGGUUCAUAUGAUCGGCUAUGUGGAUAACCUCGCCGAUACUAUUAAGUUCUACCACAGCCUUCUGAAGAACAAUGGCAGGCUUAUGAUCAUUGUUUCAACAGCUAACUCUGGCUGGGACACCCUGUGGAAGACUUACAAGGAGGAGCUGUGUGUUGGUCGCAUCACAGAGUACUGCACAUCGGUAGAUGUUACCGCCUGCCUGAAGAGCCUGGGACUGAAAUACGAGGAGCACGCCAUUCCCAUUACCGCCGACAUCUCUGAGUGCUUCGAUCCAAGCAGCCAGACUGGAGAACAGCUGCUGAGUUUCUUCACAAUGAAAGAUCACUUCCACCAGUCCUUCACCCUGGAGAUCAGAGCAGGCAUGUUAGACCUCCUCAGAAACAAGUGCAGCACUGAAAAAGAUGGCAAGUUAUUCUUUAACGCUGAUUCAAGCUGCAUACUUGUUUAUGCUUGAGUAUGUUCUAUGGACAUUUUUUUUUCAUAUAUUCUGAUUUCUCUUCUCCUGCGAUUUGAUCAAAAGUACAGUGUAUUUUCCUGUUGCUAAGAUUGAGUUUACCAUGUGCAGUAGGCCUAGUAUUCAGUCUCUUUAGUCUAUAUUCACCUCAUUUACUCUGUAUACACACUCUGAUGAAAAAUUUAAAUAGAAUAUAUUUAGCGACUAUGCCUUAAAACUUAAAAGUGAUGCAAGACUUUGUUACGGCUCUAAAUUGUACAGGACUAUGGCGUGGAGAAAUUGAGUUACAUUAUGGUGCAUCCAACUCAGUAAAAAUGACUAUUGAGCGAAGGUAAAUUAAACCUCAUCGUGAUCACAGUUGUUUGUAGGAGAUGUUUUCACAACAAUAGAAAAUACAUAUUAGAGAGGGAAUUAUGACUUGUUUAACUUCCUAACACUAGCUCUAAGUAGCUUGCCAAGAUUUUUCUUUUUUUUGAUCAAAGCAAAUAUUUAAAUAAUCAUUUGAAUUGUGUGUUUUUAUGCAAACAACCACUUUACAUGACAAUAUUGACAAAAAAUACAGUACAGUACUGUGUAGGCUACAGUACCCUCCCUACCCAUCCCCACGUGUGAUCUGAUCUCAUUUCCCCGCUCUAUAUGCAAAUAAACACGUAGUAAACACACGGCUAAUACAGCAGACGUUGUGACGUAAUAUUACAUGAAUGUCUGUAGUAAUAUCCUACAUAUUCGUGAAUUCGGGUACAUUUUAUUAACAUUUUUAGAACAUCAAAAUAUAAGGUUAUUGUACCGGCGGUCCCCGGGGUUAUACUUUUAAAUCUACCACAACUGGGCAGGAAAAAGAGACAUACAGGUAGACUGGAUAUAGGUACGUACAGUAUAUAAUGGUGUCAAUAAUUGCCUUUAACAUAGAUGAUGUGCUGCUUGCAAAUUUCCCCCUUGGGACUAAUAAAGGAUUGUCUUAUCUCUUA